GUCCCAAACAGAGAAACUGAGAAAAUGGAACAGAGAAUACGCCCCAGAAUACACAAUGAUUGCACAGAUUGCAAAGGGGAAAGCACCCAUGGUUGUGGAAGCAGCCAAUGCAGCCCGCAGAACAUUGAGGAACAUCAGACCGCUCAUCGCAGCCAGGUAUGACCCCAAAGUGAAGGAAUGGUUAGUGGCAACCGACGUAGCCUUCCAAAUUCCAUACUUUGUAGAAGGGGAAAACAUUGUUAAGGCCUUAAGAAACCAUGUCACCUUCGAUGUCCCUCUGGGUCUGUUUGAGACGGUGGCUUUAGAAUCAGACAUGGAGGACACCGAAUCCCAAGAGUGCUCAGAGAGCAAUCCCAAAACCAAGGAGCUAGCUGGCAGGAAGUCCCCGAGGGCCUUCUCACCCUUGAUUGCCAAAAUGCCGGAAGAGACGCAACUGCAUUCAGGGAUGAGAUGGAGACCAUGGCGGACGGUGGCUGAAGUUCCUUACAGCAUUCUGGCUGGCCCAGGAGUGUCUGCGGAGUUGAUGGCCACUUCAGUGGCCAGCAUCGUGGAGGCAGAGCAGCUAGAUGGGGAUGAAGAAUUGGACAUGAGAGCAUAUGCACUAGAUGAUGAGAGGUUUUACAUACGUGAAGGAUCAGAAGGUGAUGCAAGGGACGACGAUGACGAGUGGGAGAAGAUGGACAGGCUGAUCGAUUUGGAAAAAAAGGGAAAGGGACAGGUGGACACUGAGGGGAGAGGAGGGGAGGAGCUGGGCAAGGCGACCUCAGAGGGGAGCUCCGACGCCGUGUUACAAGAUGACAAAGGAAGGCAAGAGGAGAGAGAAGACAGCCUUGGGGCUGACACAUCCUCUCCCCCGCCCACCUAAGCAAAUGAGCCACAAGCCUA